AUGGAGCAAGUGAACAACAACUAUCAACCUGCAACGCAGAAAACGAAAUCGAACAUGGUCGCUGUGUCGAACGGUAUUUACUAUCAACCUGCAACGCAGAAAACGAAAUCGAACAUGGUCGCUGUGUCGUGGGCCUCAAUGCGAAAUCAAUACAAGGUGAACAGGGAUCUACAUCGAGAUAAAAGCGAGAUCCCAAGAUCGCCCGUAUGUUCAAGCAUUUAA